AUGGACAGCGAGUACCGCAUAAUAUUGAACGUUGGCGGUGUUCGGCACGAGACUUACAAGCAUACGUUGAAAAAAAUCCCAGCCACUAGGUGAGGUUUUUUCUCCAUAGUUUUUCGGUUUCAUAUACAAUUUAUUCUCCUUCAGAUUAUCAAGAUUGACGACGAGCCUGGCCAACUACGACCCCGUCCUCAACGAGUACUUUUUCGACCGGCAUCCCGGCGUCUUCGCUCAGAUUUUAAAUUAUUAUCGGUGAAGAAUUUAAUGAUUUUUUUUUUGACAGAAUGACUUUUUUACUUGGAAAACGUUUAGUGACCACUUUAGGGUUUUGACUUUUUAGUGUCCACUGUAGUAGCCUCUUAAGUGAAAUUUUGUGUCUUCUUUAGGAGUCUAAUUGGAACUACUAGGCCAAUUAAGAAUGCUAUAGUGGCCACUCUAGGGUUUUUUCGUUUGAGUGGCCACUUAAGUGACCCCUUCAGGAGCCUUAUUGGUACUACUAGCCCAUUAAAAACUACUGUAGUGGCCACUAAGACGCAAAAUAGUGGCUUCUACAGAGGUGGUCCUCUCUCCAAGUAGAUCUUGAGGGGCCACUUGAGGGGCCACCUGAGUUUUUCUGAUCGAUAUUCGAACUAGAUGAGAAAGAUUGUUCCCAAAAAAUGAAAACCAUUUUUUUUUUCAGAACGGGUAAACUUCACUAUCCAUUGGACGUUUGCGGGCCGCUUUUUGAGGAAGAAUUGAAGGUUUUUUUGAUAUUUUUUCUACUUUUUUCUUGUUUCUCAUAGAUUAGAAUAGAUAUUUCCCUCUAUCGAUUUUUUUUAGUUUAAAAAAACAGUUUUUCUCCUAACGCCUGAAACUCCUACAAAGGGUUAAAAGGUCAAAAGUGUCGCCAAUUUUGGUUUUUUUUUUUUUACAAAAUUCAAAUUUUUGGACUUGAACUUGAACUUGAAAAAGCUUCUUUUUUUAAAGUAUAUAUAGACCUUCGAAUUGUUAUCAUUUUUUAACAGAGAGGCUGAUUUUUUUUUUGCGGCUUGGAACUUUUUUUAAACAUGCCCAAACACUCUUUGAAGGCCUAUACCUAGUAGUGAAAACGUACGAAAACUUUUUUUUGAGAUAUGGCUUUUGAAGUUUCGGAAUAUGGGUAUCAGACUUGAUACUGUGUUGGACGCGAAUCUUUAGUAUUUUAUCUCAAAAAAUUUAUUUUUUCGCGAGUAGACACUAUAGGGAACCGUCAUUUGGAACUUUGUAGAAUACAUUUUUUUAAAAUUUUGAACUUUGAAACAAAAUGACCGCCCUUGUAAAAGAAUCUUUUCAUUCCAAGUGUUUUAAAAUUGAAAAAAUCUCAAUUUUCCAGUACUGGGGCCUUGAUUCCAACGAGUGUGAGCCAUGCUGUUGGAUGACGUUGUCGGGGACCCGGGAUACGCAGGACGUUUUGAAAACCCUUGACGAACUCGACAUUGAAGUUGAUCAGACUGAGGGACCGGUAGGUUUUUGAUGAUUCUUAGAAAAAAAUCUCAUUGUUAAUUUCAUCUUUUAAAAAAUCACAAUCACCUUGGGAAGGUCAGAGUGGCCCCUAUAGGGGUUAGAAGAUUGAACAGUCCGCAGCGGACAAAAAGGGCUCCCUAUAGGGGUUAAGGGUCUGACCCCUAAGCCUCUAAAGCUUAAGUGAUCCCUUUAUGGGUCUUUUUUAAUGAUUUUAAAAUUUUGUCAUUAUUUUGGAAGUAAAAAGGGAAUGAGUAUGGUUUUUGUCUGAGCUAGAUGAGUAGGUUGAGGAAAAGAGUCAAAUUGGAGUCCUACUGAAUUUCUCUUGAUUUGAGAAAAUGUAGAAACUGACUCUUUUCGUUGCCGCUCCCUGCUUAGCGGUGUUGUUGCCUGCCACGCGGGUCUUCUUCUUCUUGAGUGAGCGUUGAGUGCGGGUCGGACAGCGAUCCGUUCAACCUCAAACUUGGGUAAUUAAACCUUUAUCAUAAAUAUUCCGCGAACAAAUUAUAACGAUAAAGUAAUAAAUUCAAAUAAACAAUAAGAAUGGAAGAUUGAGUGAAAAAAAAAAUGAAAAAAAAUGAAAGAGGAGAAAUGGUUUGGGGGCGAACGACGUGGCUGGCUAGACAGGUAAUGGAAUGGCUCCUAAUGGACCUUUCCCCUGGCGAGCCAGCCACGUCAUCCUCUGAGUGGCGGGGAGGCAUCUACCUUUGAGUCGGUGUCGACAGGAAGUUCGUCAGCUUUUUUUGAUCGAUUUACUGAUCCCUUGUUGAACUUCUCUUGAUUCUUUAAGCGUCAAUAAGGAAAAAUAAGUCAAUCAAUUUUUUCCAGGAGCUCUACAAGCGAUUCGGCUGGGAGGACGACUUCCACAACGACAGCUUGAGCCCCUGGCAAAAGUUGAAACCUCGGAUUUGGCGGCUUUUUGAUGAGCCGAGCUCGUCGAGGUGUGCUCAGGUGGGCUUUUUUUUUUAAAAAUAAUUUCGAUUUUUUAUUAUCUUUCUGGGCUUCGAAAGUGUGCCCUGGCGUCUUCCAGAAAAGAAUAUAUUACAAAAGCUGAUUUCUUGUUUCUGAUAGGUUUGCGCGACCCUCAAGUGACCACUUAAAAAUUUAUGGAACAGUGAAGGUUUCUGAACCAUUUAGUGAUCACUUAAGUGGGCCCACUCCGCUAAAGUUAUCACUAAAUGGUUCAUAAACGUCAAGCUUGCGAAAGCUCUGUGUGCGUCCAGUCGAAGAUCAUAGGGAAAGCUUCAUCUCUUAUCUGAAAAACCUUUAGUGGCCACUUGAAAAUUUAUAGUAGAACAUGUUUGUAACUUGCAUCACCUAGGACACCUGGAAAGCACACUGAACGUUUCUGAACCAUUAAGUGAUCACUUAAGUGGGCCCAAUUUGCUAGAGUUACAACUAAAUGGUUCAGAAACGUCAAGUUUACGAUUCCACCGUCUCAGUUCACCAAAAGAUCAUAGUCAAAGCUUUUUCUCUUCUCUGAGAACCCUUAAGUGACCAAUUGAAAAAUUUGUCGUGGGAAAUGUGCAGGUGGUCCAGUAAAAUACCUUCUGAGAGAACCCUUGAGUGACCACUUAUAAAUAUGUUAUGAAAGAUCCGACGCGUGUCAUUUGUAGUACAGUAAAAGAUCAUAGUUAAAAUAUUUUCUCAAAACCCUUAAGUGACCACUUAAAAAAUUUUUGGUGGGAGAUCUUCAGCAUGUAGUUUGUAGUACAGUAAGAGGUCAAAAGUGAAACGCUUUUCCCAUUUUAGAACCUUUAAGUGGCCACUUCCAGAUACGACGUGGAAGACUUGUAAUUUGUAGUACAGUGAAGUGUCAAAAGCCUUUUUUGAAAACCCUCAAGUGGUCACUUCAUCUUGUUGAUUUUCCAGAUCAUCGCCUCAAUCUCCGUAUUCUUUCUAAUCACGGCCAUAAUCGUCUUCUGCCUGAAAACCCACCCGGGGAUGCGGAUAGCCGAGAUUACCGCCUUCGGAAACAUCUCCAGGAAUCAUCGAUCAGUUCAUCAUAGCCACUCUUUCCAUCCUUCCGCUCCUUUAUCUUCCAAAAUCCAGCUCGCUGGGAUCGGCGUCGACAAGGACAACUCCAGGCCUCAUCCCACUUUUAUGGUGACAUUUUUGGAUAUAUUUCAUGGUGGUUUUAUAUUGAGUAUUGAGCCUUAACUAAUUUUAUGACGUCAUCUGGAGGCCUAUAAUGACGUCAUUAUAUUGAACAACCCUUUUUUGAAGAAUUUCUAGUUUCCUGCCGAAAAUAUAAUAAAAAACGUGUUCGUGGAAAUAUGACUUAGGACGUGAAGAUAUCAUGACGUCAUUAGGAAGACCGAUGAUGACGUCAUUAAAACAGAAAUAUCGAAAAUUGAUUUUUUUUAAUGACGUCACAGACCUAAAUUUGACGUAAUGAAUUGAAUUAUAAUGACGUCACAGACCCAAAAAUGACGUCAUUUUUAUAAUUAUGAUGAUGUCACAAACAGAAAAUUGACGUGAUUUUUUUUUAUAAUGAUGACGUCAUAUACUCAAACUUGACGUAAUUUGUUAGAUUCUGAUGACGUCAUAGACUCAAACGUGACGUCGCUUUUUUUAAAACUAUGAUGACGUCACAGGCUUGCCGUCAUUUUUUAAAAUUCUAAUGACGUCACAGACCUCAAUCAUUGCUUCAUGAUAAGUAAUAGAGUAUAGAAUCUCAAUAUUUUAUAGUCUAUUUACUAAGAUUCUGAAUUUCAGCGAACGACAUUCCGCUGUUUCACUGCGUGCGGUCGCGAAGCGGCUUUGCGUUUUCGAAUCCCGGUCGCGCUUCUAUUUUUUUCUUAAACUUUAGUACUCAACUUUCAAGUGCUCCCAAUGGAGUAGUCCAUUCAUCAACAAUGAUAAUAAGUUCAAAGCGUGACCGAGAUUCGCAAAGACGCUUCGCGACCGCACGCAACGGAACAGCGGAAUGUCGUUUGGGAUAAUUCAAAGCAGAAAAUAAAAAUCACAUUUCUGCCCUUUUUGAAUCUUUCGUUUCAGUAUAUCGAAACGAUUUGCAACAUUUGGUUCACGAUAGAAAUCGUCGUGCGAUUCAUGUCCUGCCCGUCGCGUUGGGAAUAUCUCAGGGUAAUUUUGAAAGCUCAAAACUCCAUUUGAAUGAUUUUUAAGGCCCCUGUGAACAUUAUCGACAUCGUGGCAACGUUGACGUUCUACAUCGAUCUGCUGUCGAGCAUGUUCGGCGCGACGGCCGAUCUGGAAUUCUUCUCCAUUAUUAGAAUUAUGCGGCUCUUCAAACUGACCCAUCACAACUCGGGUCUCAAGAUCCUGAUGCACACUUUUAGGUUCGUUUUAAAAAAAUUGGAGAUCGUUAUAGCCCAUUCUCGUCACGCUUUUCAUUUUCAUCGCUUCGUUUCGAUGCGCGAGUCCUGUCUCUGUGUAUGCGCCUUUAAUUUCAAAGACAUUUUGGGCUAGCAGUAAAAUGAAAAUCGUGACAAGGUGGCGUACUGAAAAAAGUCUUUGUGGUUACUUUAGGGUCUUCUUAGUGGUCACUUAAGUGAAUAAAAUCUAGUGGCCUCUUUAGGAGUCUAAUUGGUACUACUAGACUCCUAAAAACCACUGUAGUGGCUACUAAGAAGAAAAAUGUGGCUUCUAAAGAGUUGGCUCUAGUGACCACUUUAGUAUCCUUGAGGAACCACUUAAGGGGCCACUGAAGUUUUUCCCAGUGAAUGAGUCUCAGGGCUAGUAAACCUAUUUCUUGACAGCGAAAAAAAUUUUUUUUGACUUGAACUAUCCCCUUUAAAAAGGUAUCAGUGAGUGAUUCAGAGCUUCGGCGAAAGAACUGAUGUUGCUGGUGUUCUUCCUGGUCCUCGGCGUCGUCGUCUUCGCCUCCCUCGUCUACUAUGCCGAACGCGUCGAGAGCAACGAGGACAACCAGUUUCAGAGCAUUCCGAUUGGACUUUGGUGGGCGGUGAGUAUUAAAUGAUCUGUCUGUUAUUAAAAAAAAAUGAAUAAUGAGAAAACUCAGCCUAAAAGUCAUCUGGAAGGUAGUUAUCUUUAAACUUAUUUAUUGGAACUUUUUCAACCCCUACAAGUUCGUUCUAGUCAAGCAAUAGCUAGUCCAGCUCACAGAGAUUGAAAAUUUGAAUUUAUAGAGAAAAAAAGGGCCUAUUAGUCUCCUGAAACGAAUCUUCAUGUCUCUCAACCUCAGGAACUCCAUAGCGGUCCCUAUAGGGGCCACAAAAGUUUGCAAAAGUGGUGCCUAGAACGGUUUCAGUUAGGGGCUUCUAUAGGGGACAUACUAGUCAAUAGUUUUACUCUAUAACAUGAAAAAAUAUCGGUAGUGGAUUGGCUAAGAAGUUAGACAAAAAACCCUAAAGGGACCACUUUUUCGGAUAUUUACCCCCUAACCCCUAUAGGGAUCACUCUAAAAUUCCUGAGUAGGGACCUCCUCCUCACGUUUGUCUUUAAGUAUUCCAAUCUGACGAAUAAUCAUUUAAAAAUCCUAAAGGGACCACUUCAGCUGUAGGGGCUUAGAGGCCAGAUUUUGAACCCCUAUAGGGACCACCUAAGUUUUCAAAUCUGAUGAAAGAUUAUCAAAAAUACUAUAGGGGCCACUUGAGCUCCAGGGGCUUACAGGACAGAUUCUGAACCCCUAUAGGGACCACAUAAGUUGUACCCCUUUGUACCCCAAAGAGCACUUUCCUAACUCCUAUAGGGACCCCUUGAGCUUCAGGGACACAGGGGAAACUUGUGAACCUAAAGGGACCACUCUAGUGUACUAGAAAGAAUGGUAAACCCUCAAGUGGCCACUCCUGCUCAGAUCGUGACGAUGACCACCAUCGGCUAUGGCGACAUCACGCCGCACACCUACCUCGGCCGCCUGAUCGGCUCGAUUUGUGCCCUGGCCGGUGUGCUGACGAUCGCCCUGCCAGUUCCGGUAGGCGUGCGGUCGCGUCGCGGUUUCAACUUUUGGAAAUUCAGGUCAUCGUGUCGAAUUUCGCCAUGUUCUACUCGCAUACGCAAGCCAGAUCGAAGAUGCCCAAAAAACGGCGGGGUGUCCUGUCCUUGGACCAAGUCGCUCAACAUGUGAGUUUCUUUGGGUCCAAGCAAAGUCCCAAGCUUUGCUUGGGAAAUUCUAAUUUUCGCCGUGGAGCGAACUUGGUUUGAUUCUAAUUUUCGCCAUGGAGCGAACUUGGUUUGAUUCUAAUUUUCGCCAUGAAGCGAACUUGCUUUAAGCAAGAAGCUUGAGAGAGGUCAUUCAUGUCGAAAAACUUCAGUUAUAAAAAUUAUUUUUUUAACUCUUGGUCAACAGGUGAAACACCCGCCGCGAGUGUCCAACGGCCCACGGCGAAACAUGGAAAAUACGCCGCUCGUCGAGAAAAAUCACAGAAACAGCACCGCAAUCUCAAACGCAACCAAUUCCCCGCCCCACACUCUAAUAUAA